AUGGGCGACGGAAUUUGGACUGGCUAUUGUUUUGUCGAUACAUACUUUCAAUCUGAAGAUGAGAGGCAAUGCGUUGAAGAUUAUUGUGACAGAGGCAUGCAGGUCGACCCUUUUACCACCGGAAAACACGAUGCUGAUAUGCCGAUCUUAAAUCCCGAUGACUACUUCCUGAUCUCUCUUCAACACCAACUAGUUGUUUUCAAGGACGAAUGGAUGAACACAGCACAAAGAUUUAAAGAGAGAGUGGAAACAUAUGUCGAUGAGUUUGACUUUGCAUUGGCUAGCAAAGAAUCCCAACAGCCGUUGGCAUGGCUUCGGCAUGCAAGACGCAAGUUGACCGAGCUGGUCGUGUGCUUGGAGACAACCAUCGACUGCUGGGAUAACUUCACUUAUCCGGACCAUAUGCAAACACGCUAUGGACGCCAAUCAAUGGUGUCUAUUGAGCAAACUUUCGCAGAGCUAAAUCUCCACAACAUCGACGAACAAUACCGGAUUUCCCGCAUGCAGGCCCAAGUUGCUGAAAGUACACAAGUUCUUAGCUGCUUUCUACUCUACGUUGUGUCGCCCAUUACCCUCGCGGCGGCAAUCCUCUCUAUGCAGGAGGAAGCAAUCCCUGACUUUUUGGGACCUACCAAGCUCUCAUUCUUUUUGUUGACGCCGAUGCUGAUACUUCUUGUUUCUUUGGUUGCUCGGUUGGUUCAGCAUUGGGAUAAGGUUCAAUUGUACAUGUCUCAUCCAGGCAAUUGGGUUCAAGGUCGCAAAAGAGAUGUCAAUCUUGGGAUCGUCUAG